AUGGCGCCUUACGCUUCCCCCAAAAACCGCACCCCGCCGGGGAAACCAUCGAAACCGUCCUCGAAAGUGACCCUGAAGGCCCCCCGGAGCUCGGACCCGGUUCCCAGUGAAGGUCCCCCCCUCAAAAAACGCAAAUACGUCCCCGGUGGUCCCGGCGGCGGAGGCAGAUACAUCGAGCUGGACGUGAGAGAGACGAUAAAACCCCCCAAACCGACGCCCGUCCGACGCCCCUCCACCACCUCGCGGAGCCGUCCCUCCGCCUCAGAACCCAAGCCUCAGCCCGUCCAGCUUCCACCCCCACCACCUCCGAUUCCAACCACGCCGCCAUCCGCACGCCUUCGGAGAGAUAAAAGUCAGAAUCGGGGUCGCUUCGGCUCCUCGACAGCCGCCGCGCUGGCGCUUCAACAAGGCGACGGCUACAAGCCGCGUGAGGAGCGAGGCUGGGAGGAGUUCCACCCGGAACUGGACAUCGAAACGCGUUUCACAGUGUUCAGUGCAGAGGAUGUAGACCGUCCGGCGCCGUCUGGUCCGAUUGCCAAUAUCCUAUCGCCCAACGGGUUGGAGAGAAAUGGCGAGAAAGAUCCGUUGGCGGAGCUUGUGCGCGCCCACGCCAAUGGGACGUCGCCGACGCCUAUCAAGCGGAAGCCAGGUCGGCCGCCCCGUCGUCCGGAAGCUAUCUUGAAUGCUCUGGGUAUUACGCCGCAACCGAAGGUUGUGCCACCGCCGGGCCCCAAUCCCCGCGAGAAGCUGACUCUGCCUAAACCGUCUUUCCGUAUCUGUGACCCCUUUACGUUCUACGAUCAGCCCGGGGUGGGUCAGCAGAACUAUGUCGACCGCACGAUGGCCAGCGUGGGCUAUCAGGAGAGCGACCUCUUCCUUCGCCAUGACCGGCAACUGGUUCGAAUGACAGAGGGCGCGCAGGACGACGACAUGGAUCUCGCGACCCCUGUGAUAACGGAGGGCGAGGUCAAUGCGACGGUCGGGAGGGUCGAAUAUGACAUGGACGAGCAGGACGAGAAGUGGCUGGAGGAGUACAAUACAAAGCGACGAGAAGACCAAGUCGAGCCCAUCAAGCCAGCGGUCUUUGAAAUCACCAUGACCAAGAUCGAAAAGGAGUGGCAUACUCUUGAGAAACGCAUACCAAAACCGAACCCCAAGCCUCCACAGACGCAGCGUCCGCGAUCAAGCUCCGCAGCCGCUGUGAAUGGUGAAACCACCGGCCCAGGGGAAGAGCAAGACACCAAAUGCGCGAUCUGUGAUGAUGGCGAUUGCGAAAACUCGAAUGCGAUUGUCUUCUGCGAUGGCUGCGAUCUCGCAGUGCAUCAGGAAUGCUACGGCGUGCCUUUCAUCCCCGAAGGCCAAUGGCUAUGUCGCAAGUGUCAGUUGAUCGGAAGGGGGUCAGUGAACUGCAUCUUUUGUCCUAAUACCGAAGGUGCUUUCAAACAGACACCGAGCUCGAAGUGGUCCCACUUGCUGUGUGCUGUUUGGAUCCCUGAGGUUUCCAUCGGCAACCCCUCCCUGAUGGAGCCGAUCACCGACGUGGAGAAGGUCCCCAGGAGUCGUUGGAAGCUUCAUUGUUAUAUCUGUCGGCAGAGGAUGGGAGCCUCGAUCCAAUGCAGCAACAAAAACUGCUUCGUCGCCUUCCAUGUGACCUGUGCGCGACGGGCCCAGCUGUACCUGAAAAUGAAGUCGGGUCAUGGCACUCCUGCAAUUAUGGACUCUCAUCUACUCAAGGCCUUCUGCGACAAGCAUGUACCUCCGGAAUGGCGCAGAGAACACGGUACGGAUGCUGCUACUGCGGAUGCUAUAGAACAUUACCGCAAUACCAUGCAGGGUCGUCGGUGGGGCGACAGUCAGGCCGCGGCUCUGUCGUUGGAGCCGGCUCUCCCUCUGGGGUGCGACCAUGACGACGACGGUCCAAGGACCCAUACGCCUCGAAUCACCCUCACGAUGGGUGGUAACAAGCGGAAACGACCCGCUGUGCCCAGAACUAUCUGGAAACUACCUUCUGGUGCUCCGGUCAUUCCUCAAAUCGUGCUCAACUCGGUUGUGGCCUCUUUGCAGCGCUUCGGCGUUCGCCAGAGAAAACAAUAUGCCGAGGACGCGUGCAAAUAUUGGACGUUAAAACGAGAGGCCAGACGAGGUGCUGCUCUUCUCAAACGACUCCAGUUGCAGCUCGAAACAUUCUCGUCGAUGGAAAUGACGCGGAGAGACUAUGUCGCGAUGGGAGUCGCCGGCGGGAAACGGCUACAGCGGCGGAUUGACUUUGGCGAGCGGUUGUAUCAUGAUCUAGAUCGGCUGCGGAUGCUAUGCGAUGAGGUCAAGAAGCGGGAACGAGAGAAGUUGAAAGAUGCCGAGAUGCUUCGGCAUGUUGUUGAUACUGUCUAUUUCCCUAUCUUCCCUCUCUUAUGGCCCAUCUUUGAGAAAGCACAAGGACUGGAUGGGAAAGCAGUCUUCCGAGAAGGCUUGUUGUCCAUACGCACCAAAUUGGCUGAGCGCCACUACACAUCAGUUUCUGCGUUCUCGGCAGACCUGGCCCAUAUCUUUACUUCCGAGAUUGGCGUCAAGCCGGCUGGAGACACUAAGGAGCUUCAAAUGCAGAUCAGCGGUCGCGCUCCCGAGCUCAGUCUUGAACAACGGGAGAAAAGAACGCUUGCCAAGCGAAUCAUUCGCGCCAUUCAGCCGGCGCUGGAAGAUGCGAUUAAGAAGGAGAGUGAGCUGAAUCGCAAGCCCUUUGAACAAGAGCUUAAAGAGCUGGAUCUCAUGCUUGAGACGAGCGUUUUGUCGCGGAGGGACUCGGAGAUCGAUCCUGCAGAUAUCCAGGAGCUGGAGGGUCAUGAAGAAACGCAGAAGACCAACGGCUCGGAUGAGAAGAUGGAGGAUGAAGCCAAUGUAGUGGCGAAGCCGGAACCUCGGGACACCGCCGAGGCGACAGCAGUGCCUGAGGAGCCCCAGGAAGAUACGGCCAUACCAGACGCAGAUAAUGCAGAGAUUCCCGAACCUACAGUGGAAUCUCAAGCCGAGGAUUCGUCGAAAGAACCGGUCGCUCCCGCAGCCGAGGAACCCGAAAGUCAAGAUGUCGAUAUGAUCACCGCCGAAACUACUGUGCACCCCACCACCGAAACUGUUGAAGGGGAGCAGCCGGCUGUCAACGGCGAACCCAACAAGACCGAACAAGGAAGCCCGCAGCUAGCGAACAACUCGAAACAAGAUCCCACAAAGGGCCCAUUGACACCGCCGCCCAGUUUCAAGGGCGAUCAGCAACUUCCGCUGUCGCAAGGGGGAAUCCAGUGGUACAUGCAACCGUUCGACCCGGUGGGGACGACAAUUCACGAAGAACGCUGGACAGGGCGAGAUGUAAUGCGGGGGAUGAGCGAAGAGCUCAGCGAACUCGACGAGGACGAGUUAAAAGACCUGGUAGGGGACGAACUGGAAGGGCAGGUUGCCACUGCGCCUGACGGGUCAUCGGCUCACGGCGCAGAUACUUCUGCCAACGGACAAGGUGUGAAGGUGCAUCGAACUCGAAGACGGUGGCGAGCGUUCAAGUGA